AGAGAGAGAGAGAGAGAGAGAGAGAGAGAGAGAGAGAGAGAGAGAGAGAGAGAGAGAGCAAGUGAGUGAGCUUCACACAUUUGGUCUGAGUGAGCGAGCGAGAGACAGACAGACAGACACAGAGAAAGAGAGAGACCGCCAGACUGCGCAGACGAGGCAUAAUUCAGGUUGUAUCCUAAGCUGUCUACUGCAGUGGAAAGCAUUGAUACCUACAACACUAAUUUAAUUUUAUUCGAUUUUGGUAGGCUUCUUUCUGUGAACUAGAAGGUUUGUUCGAGUGUGUGCUUAGAACUCGAAUCAACAAUUUUUCUUUUAAAUGGAUGAUCUUUCGGUGAGAGCCGUAUCAAGUGACAUGGAGAGUCGCCGCAUUGGACUUAUCUUUUAUUUCUGAUACAGCUGAAGACAACCUUAAACCACAAACACAAGGUUUAACCCGUGAAUUUAAACUCGUAUCUAGUAUUCAAAACAUGGAGGCAACUUCAAGCUUUCAGCCUCACCCCGGACUUCAACAAACUCUAAAGCAGUUUCAUUUGAGUUCCAUGAACUCCCUUGGUGGACCGGCGGCAUUCUCAGCUCGAUGGCCACAGGAUAUCCUCUUCAACAAAGAUGGCAAAACCGCCGAGAUGAUGCUCACCAUGCCGGCCCAUACACCCCCGGUAAUGCCCGGGCCGCUUUUCAUUCCGUCCGACCGUUCCACCGAACGCUGCGAAACUGUCCUAGAACGCGAACCUAUUUCGUGUUUCGUGGUCGGUGGAGAGAAACGGCUGUGUCUCCCGCAAAUCCUCAACAGCGUCCUACGGGAUUUCUCCCUCCAGCAGAUCAAUUCGGUGUGCGAUGACCUGCAUAUUUACUGCUCCCGGUGCACCGCGGACCAGCUGGAGAUACUAAAAGUAGUGGGCAUACUACCCUUCUCUGCCCCGUCAUGCGGACUCAUAACACAGACGGACGCUGAGCGUCUCUGCAACGCGCUUAUCUACGGUGGUACCUAUCCUCCUUAUUGUAACAAGGAGCUCUCCGGCUCUCUUGAGUUGGAGCGCACAGAGAAAAGCUUCAAAGUGUAUCACGAGUGUUUUGGACGUUGUAAAGGCGUAUUCGUCCCGGAGCUGUAUAACAGCCCCAUUGCCGCCUGUAUCCAGUGUAUUGACUGCAGACUCAUGUUCCCGACCCAAAAGUUCGUGGUCCACAGCCACAAAAGAUUGGAAAAUCGAACCUGUCACUGGGGGUUCGACUCGGCGAACUGGCGCGCAUACGUCCUCCUUGACCAAGACUACACGGCAAAAGAUGAGAAGGCUCACCUGGAGCAGGUCCUUAAAGACAUCAAAGAAAAGUUUAACGCUGCCAGCAAGUUCUCCAAUAAGCAUUGCAGGACCCACAGCCCGGCUCCAGCUAAGAAGUCCAAGCUGGACAAGCUGCUUUCUCCCUUAGCCGACAACGAGAGACAGCACGACUGGUUACAAUCUCUGACAAAGUCUGCCAGCAAGGAUGUGAAACAAGCCCAGCUGAAACAGAGAGGCUCUGCCUUCCGGCCCUGGUCUCCCUCCUCCGAGAGGAACAAAACCACCAAUCACAGUGAAGCUAAGCGAUCCAGCCAGCAGAUCAGCCAGGAGAGCUGUGUGGUUCCCAACAUAGCGCUAGCUCCUCUGGCCAGCCCCCUCCUCAGAGAGGACCAGACCAUGGGGACCCAGACCAGAGACAGGGAGAAGGACACCCCUUCCAGCUCCAGAGCACCAGAGCCACCGGUCCCCAAACCUGUUCUCCCUCCACCAGCCAACGCGGUGGAAGAGGACAUGGAGAUGGACGAUGAUGGGGACAUCGACGUGGACGACUGUGAGGAUUGCCCAGUAUCCAUCCCCUCCUUGACCUCAUCUCUCCCAGCCUGCAACAGUGUGAGCCAGACCCCAGCUCUGCCCCUGCCCCAGAAGCCCCCAGGCAGCAUGAGGCCCUCGGAGGGCCCCGGCCCGGCCUGGCUGCCUGGGGCCCCCUGCCCGGAGCUGGAGGCCCUGAGACAGAGCCUGUAUGGGGGCCUGGACUCCCAGGAGGCCAGGGAGAAGUUCCUGCAGGAGGUGAUGAAGAUGAAGCUGAAGCAGGAGGAGAAGCUGGCUGCAGCCCUGCAGGCCAAGCGCAGCCUCCAGCAGGAGCUGGAGUUUGUGCGCGUGGCCAAGAAGGGCCGCCUGCGCGAGGCGGUGGAGGCCAAGCGUGGCCUGAGGAAGGAGAUCGAGCGCCUGCGGGCCGAGUGGGAGAGGAAGACCCAGGAGGCGGAGGAGUCCCGCACGCGGCUGAAGCGAGAGCUGGAGAAGGAGAGGCAACAGCGCGUCUGCGACCGUGGCUGCGAGGCCGAGCGCCUGCGAGUCAAGUACUCCUCUCAGAUGGAGGAGCUGCAGGUGCUGUUGCAGAGGGCCGAGGUGGACCGCGAGCAGCUGAGGGAGGAACUGCAGCAGGAGCGGGAGGCCCGGCAGAGCCUGGAGAGGAUGGUGAAGGAGCUGCAGGCACAGCUGGAGCUGCAGAAGGCCGACGACAGCCAGGACAGACAGGACUCCCACACAGACACGCUCAGACUUACCCAACCACAGCACACCAACGGAGUUUCCUAAUGCUGUGGACCACGCAGAACCGUUUUUGCCGGGCUCUCCAGAGACAGACGGUACUGUAGUGGCUGCAGGACACACUGCAUUAUUUGCAGCUCCUGUUAAGGGGAAAUAAUUCAGCAAAAAAUACCCAAUAAUUUCAAGAGGAUGGUUUCGUGUUUUGUAUUAGUAAAGUUGGAAGAUCUUGUUAUGAUGAAAAUUGACAUUAUUAUGAUAAUAUAUGAACUUUAACUGGAACUGGAAAGUGGUCUGGUUGAGCAUGAGAGCUAGCUGCAAUCCCAUGAGAAAGACAUCUUCCUGAAAGACAACACUCCUCUCCUGACUCCCCUGAUGCUGGAUAAGGACUUUAUUUUGGUAUAUAAGCUAUUUAAAGAUGUACAACUAUAGCUCCAUAAUGUUACUUGAAUAUUUAGGGAACAGAAGUACAGAACAGUAGGGGGCGACACCUCCACAGAAUCUCGGUACACACUUCAACGGUAAUAUAUUAUAUACAUUUACAGACGACUGGAAAGCACACCACCAAGGUUUUCCACUUUGUCACUGACUCAAUCAGUUUGCUUCUUGAACAUGUUGUGGAGAUUUAAAAGGAAAUGUUGCAUGAUUAGCAGGGUACCAGGUACUCACAUCAGCACAUCCAUGUAAACCCUAUAGGCAUGCAGCUUUCUCUCAACCCUCCAGAUCUGUUUCAGCUGACGGAAGCCGAAAGUAUCUGGGGACACUAUCUUUAUAUUCUCAUCUUGAAUAUUGUAUGGAAGUGUAACUUUUUACUAUGAUGCCCACAGCCUCCUUUUGUUUUAAAAUCAGACGUGUAUGAAACCAAACCAUGUCAUAAAUAUUGUGUUGCCGGUGAAUCUAAUGUUGUGUAUAGAACAACUAUGAUAAUGGCUGUCUUCUUGUUGAAUUGCGGUAUUUCAGAUUUUCUAUUGAAUACUGUAAAAUAAUUUAUAUUCCAAAAUAAUUUGCUGCCUGUAAACCCGUAAGCAUUUUUUGUUUCUGAUUUGUAGGGCUCUUAAAUCAACAUAUGCUUUAUAUGAACAACAUUUCUACAUAUAUACAAAAUAUGAAUAUAUAUUUUUUUACUUAAGAAAAGGAAUUGCACUUUUAAAAUAAAGACAAAUUGCAUUGUGCAUUUUACUCCCAAUUGCUUUGUUAAAAUUACAACAGAACAUGAACGACAUUUAACAACUAUUUUGUUAGUUCUGUUUUGUCAGUUCUAUUUUGUAAAUACAAUUGUGAUAUUGUAAAUAAUAAGAAAGUUUGCUUGCUUUACACUUUAAUUCUAUUAUGAGUAAUAGUUUUGAUCUUACUUGAAACCAAAAGAAAAUGUAUAUUUGUGAUUAUGAUAUAAUUGAUGGAUUAUUGCACCCUUGAUCAUCGCUUAAAAUCAAUGGGCUGAAUGGAAGUAAUGAAUGAUUGGUAAAACAUAGAGAAGAGACAAGUUAUCGGUCAUUAUUUUAAACAAUAUAGGUGAUCAUUUUGAGAAAGACACCAUUACUAUUAUAGUCAUCCUUUCCAUAUAUGUUUCUUCCUUCUGAUGGGAGCUACAAGAGAUGUUGAUGGAUUGCGGAUGUAUCUACUUAAACCCAGACCAAAAUUAUCAAAUGAGAUCAUUAUAUAUUUGAGUACCUACCCCUCUACUGGCUUUCCAGACCCAAGUAGGAAAGCUAGGACAUCUCCUGGUCUUCAACCUUUGGUGCUCACAAAUAUUUUAGAAAAACAUACUUACAUGUCUUAUUAUUAUGUCCCCACUGAACAUAUGUUGGAUACAAUGUAAUGGGAAUAUGCAUUGCAUUCGUUAAUACUGUUAAUAAUAGUUUUGGAAGUGGGGUUUUAUUUUGCCGUUUGUUUCGAUGUUUUCUUUUUCCUUGGAAAACCUCUAUGAUAUCCAUUAAAAUCAAAUCAACCAUU